GUUGAAGAAAGUCUUUAUUUUUUCUUGAAGGUAAAUCGCUUUGGUGUGGUUGUUGGGAGCAUAUUAAUGGUUGUUCAUUCAAUGAAAAGUGUUUGUGAGAAAAAUAUAGCGUAUGUAAAGGUUAUUGUAUGUUUCUCUAAGAUUUUCAUGGCGGAUUUUUUUCCAAUGGAUAACACGUGCAAGGUUCCUCAUCUUUAACUUUGAUACGUAUCAGCAGAGAUUAGUUCAACUUGGAUACCAUGAUAUGCUCGACUAGGUAAAAUAAUUCGUGUACAGUGAUAAAUUCAUUUUUGAAAUAUUCCCAGGGAGUCGCCUGAAAUAAUUUCAUAGUUGCAUAAAAAUUUAUGCGGAUUAAAUAAACAAAUUUGUAACCAGACGUGAGUUCUGUAACAUCUAUAGCGAGGAUGCUGUGAAAAGAAAAAGAGAAAUGAUGGAUGGCUGAGGAGCUAUAUAAGUUUCUUGUGGAAAAGAAAGUUAUGUAAAUAUAUCAAAGAUUGUGAUGUUGGCGCUUUAAGAUACAGAGUUCAACAGACAUAAAGAGAAUAACAUUGGAAUACAUGAACGUUGGUAGAAACGAAAAUGAUGAUUAGAUUAUAGUGUUUUUUUUAAAGAAGUUUCAGAUUAAAAGAAAAGGUUAUUUCAUAUUGCAAUGUAUGGACAUGUUUAUUUCCAGACGAAAGAUGAUCGAAUCAAUGAAAGAGUAGUGUUGAACAAAUGGUGAAAUGUGAAGGAGAAAAUAUAAAUGAGUGUGUGUGUUGAUAAUAUGAAACUGAAAAUCCGCGCAGCUAUACUGAUUUGCGGAGCUCUGUCUUUCUGUGCAAUAUUUCUUACCCUCAACCAACUUCCUACUCUUCAUGACAGAACUCAAAGAUAUCCGGACAUCGAACAUGGAAGGAGAAACUUUGAUGAAACCGAAAAUAUGGCACAUAUCUUCACAUUUAGGAAACGACUUAAUAAAAGUAACUAUACUAGCGAAAACAUUAGUCCUGAAAUGGGUAAACGCCCCCUGGAAAUCAAAACGUUAAUAAAUGAAACCAACGAAGAUAUAAAAGACCAAAGUGACAGUAUUAAUCAGGAAAAUCCAAAUUUUGAACAGCCUAACCAAAGAUUGACAAAGCAGCCUGACUUGGAGACGGCUGAAAAUUUGAAUAUCACAAAUGAGUAUGUUGAUAAAAUGUUGUACACUUUACAGACUUCAAAUGGAUUAAAAUUCAAUUUUGAAAAGACGAAGUAUGUGCCAUACAAAAACUUCCUCAAACUUCAAAGUAAACGGACCCGUAGAAAAGGGAUGGGUUUACCAAUCUACAUCAAUUACAAUGGCGGUCCUGUGUUAGCAAAUUGGGAAAAGUUCCAUAAAGGAAUCCACCAGUUUGGUUUAUACGACGCUGAUGACCCUGCUGUUGAUGGAAUAAUGAAAGAUAUGUCCACGGAACAAAUCAUUGAUAUAGAACUGAAAGAAGGUGGUACCCAAUUAAAGCUCAUGAUAACGUUUAGUGAUGAAGGUCAGGCCUUGUUUAAACCGAUGAGAUAUCCACGUGAUCAAGAAACACUACCUGAUCAUUUUUAUUUUGUUGAUUUUGAGAGACAUAAUGCUGAAAUAGCCGCUUUCCAUCUCGACAGAAUUCUUGCCUUCUACCGUGUCCCUCCAACUGUAGGAAGGGAGGUUAAUCUAACUGGUGAAAUAAAAAUGCUAGCAGAGCCAAAACUAAGAAGAACUUUUUUCAUAUCACCAGCAAACAAUGUGUGUUUUCACGGGACAUGUUCCUAUUAUUGUGAUACGGGCCACGCUGUAUGUGGUCAUCCGGUGAUGCUGGAGGCAUCUCUUGCUACAUUCCUUCCUCCAGAGAGAGUUGCGCCGCGUAAAACGUGGCGGAAUCCUUGGAAACGGUCAUAUAGCAAGCACCGCAAAGCGUAUUGGGAGCUGUAUGAUGACCUCUGUGGGCGUGUCCAAGAAAAGGAACCAUAUAGUAGUGGGCGACGCCUUCUUGAUGUCAUAGACAUGCAUAUCUUUGAUUUUCUGACUGGUAAUAUGGACCGUCAUCAUUAUGAAACUUUCACUGAUUUCGGUAAUGAAACAUUCCUACUUCACUUGGAUAACGGCCGUGGAUUCGGUCAGUCCGGACAUGAUGAGAUGUCCAUUCUUGCACCUGUCUUUCAAUGCUGUAUGAUUCGUUAUUCUACAUUCAUGAAGCUAGUCAAACUCUAUCUGGGACCAGAAAAACUAAGCAUGUUAAUGCGGGAUUCCAUGGCAAAGGAUCGAGUUAGUCCUAUUCUGAAUGACAAACACACCCGUGCUCUGGAUAGAAGAGUGAUUAAGAUAUUGACUGCAGUACAUGACUGCAUUAGUACCAACCCUUACACAGACGUUAUAAUCGAUGAUUUCUUUUGAAGUCUUUAAAGUGCAUCAAUGAUAUUGUCUGGAAUUACCCAGUGAUUCAACAUUGUCUGACAUCAAUCCAACCGCUUGAAUUUCAAUGUUCCUAUUAUAAAGUUUAGCUGUCACUGAGGCAUGAGUAUACGCUGAUGUCAUAUAUGUUGCAUUAUCUGCGGAGACGAGCGGUAUAGUUUUUUAACAAAAAGUGUGUGUUAUAUUUGAAUCAAUACCAGUACAGUAACCGGUUACUGUAUAGUGUGUGUAUCACAUAUAUGAUAUUGUGUAAGUUUGGAGGUUAUUGUGUAAUUUAAAUAAUUUGUAUAAUAUUUUGUUCAUAUCAGUUUUGUUAAACGGCAAACAGGGUAUUUACAUGUUUAUCAUGUACGCACCAUUUAUGGAGACUUUUUUCCUUCAGUUUAAUUUUAUUUUGGAAUUAUUUAUUUAUUAUGUUUAAUAUGAAUCGUUUGAUAAUGUCAUUAUAUAAAAAUAAUUAUUUGUUUGGACACGUCACUAAAAAAAUAGUUAUAUUGAUAUAGCCAUUUAAAUGUUUCUUUAAUUUAUGUUUUAAAUGGUCCUAGUAAAUAAAAUAUACAAAUUGUAUUAGACUGUCACUUACCGGAUGUAAUUAAGUUAAUUAGAAAAAAAUACUAUAUCAGUCCUUUUACUUUGAUUCUUUCUAACAUUUUACUGAUUCUACAUUUUUAUAUAUGGUGUUUUUAUUACAAAACUGGAAUUACAUAUUGUUAAAAGUUUGCGAGUCAAUGACAAUGACAAUACUAGCAGGAUAAUAUAAUUGUAGAUCUUUUAGUUUAAUUAUUUUGUAUUAGACGAAACUAAAGCAAUAUCCAGUUUACCAAUCAUAUUAAAAAAUGAAAAUAUAAGAUUAAUAAAUAAACCUAACAUAAGUUAAACUCACGUUAGAUAUGUGUAAAUUUUGCAAUGUCUGAUUUGUAAAAUAUACAGAAGAUCACACGUAACUACAUAUGAUAAAUUGUUUGAUCUCAGAGAGUGUUAUUUUAAAACCAACUCUGUAAUAACUUGAAAUCCAUAAUUUAUAUAUUAUGUUUUAUUAUGUUGUGCAAAUGAUUAAUAUUGCACAUUAAAAAGAAAACAAUCAGUACUGUACCACUCUU